AUAAUGAUGACCAGAGCACUGACUCUACACUCACACUCACUGCUCUCUACUCCACAGCAGAAGACCCUCCACUCUCUCCAGCUCCGUCUCUCUGGCUGAAAUCAGACGCUCUGCUAGAAUGAGGAUCCUGUCUGCUCUGCUGGUGCUGCUGCUGCUCUGCUCUCUCCAGCUGACCUCUAGUGCUCCAGCUGAACUCUCCUCUGACUGCUGUACCAAGCUGACUAAGAUGAAGAUCCCUCUGGUCUUUGUGGAGUCCUAUUGGAAAACGAGUAGUAACUGCCCCCUUAAAGCCAUUGUAUUUCUCACUAAAAAAGGAAAUAAGAUUUGUGUGGAUCCGGAUGCUGUGUGGGUCAGCAGUCAUGUCGCCACUGUGGACAAACGCACAGGCAAUGAUAUGACAGCAAGAACUUCAACUACAACUCCCAAAAUGCUCUCACUUACAAAGCUCCCUUAACUUAUUGUUUUCUGAACUGAAUCUCAGAAUUGUACACAUUGAAACACUGAAAG